AUGAACCACCACCCGAUGUACUCCAACCCCUCUUCCUCGUUUUUCCGUCCCCAUUUCGUCUCCGCUUUCCUCCCCACUAACAACCUGUGCGGCGGCCCCGCAAACGGGACACUGUCACUGCCUCACGGCGAUGGUGUUUGCGCAGCCCACGGCGCAGCUCUUUUUGAUUCGCCCACAUUUCAGGAGUCCACCGGCCCUUUCAACUGCCCCGCCAUGGCGUCCGAUCCGGUAGACAUCAAGCUGGACCUCGAGAAGGAGUGCCUGGCGAACGAGUGCGUCAAGAAGGUGGGGGCAUACAACGCGUGCUUGGAGCGCAUCAAGACUGUCAGCCCCGAGAAGGAGCCGCACUGCUACAACCAGUACUUUGCCAUCGUGCACUGCGUAGACGUGUGCGUCGACCCGAAGCUGUGGCCGACACUCAAGUAA